AUGGAUGUUUAUGUUAUGACAUAUUGCCCCGGAAUAUAUUUACUUGUUGAGGUGGAAUCGUGCACCAUACCAAAAACUGUUAGAGAUCUGGAGUCACUUAUAAAGCUUCAUAAAGUAUUGAUUGGUAUUCGG